AUGUCCAUUGCUCGUAUUGAUCACAAAGUAAAAAUCAGUACCGCAUUUGUAGAUAAACCUCCAUUUGAAAGAAUUGGCUUUUGGGGUUUUGCGCGUAACUCGAUGUGGUUCAACGGAUUGCUGGAAUUAAUCUAUAGUACUCAAAUCAGGAAAUCAAAUCUCAAGUACCCGAUGGAUCUCAGACGUUCAGCCCAAUUGGAAUCUGGAACUUUGUAA